AUCAUUUUUGGAAUGUGGUGAGGGUUUAAAACAUAAACUUUAACUUCAUAAACACCUGUAAUGUCUUGUAAUGUUUAAAUUAUGUGUAAAAUCAUUUGUUUUCUAAAGUUGCCAGGAAAUUUGACCUUCCGACAAUGGACAUUAAAGUCUUUGAUGAGUCAAGGACUGAGGUUGAUCAGGAAGCUUUUGAAUACUUGAUGAAACAGCCAAAUGUUCCAGUCCUGGAAAUUGUUAUCCCAGAGACAACAUCUGAAGAUUCUUUUAACUCAGGCUCCCUUGCUGAUGCUGAGGCUAGUUCCGGGUCUGAUGACACUUUGAUACUGACACGUAGUCCAAGAGCAUUGAGACGAGGAGAGAAAUAUCGUCUUGCCCAAAUGGUUGAAGACAUCUUAAAAGGAAGUCCAGGAGGGGACAAGAUCAUGAAUGAAUAUGCUCGAACAAAGUGUCUGUCAGAUAGCAGAAGGCGUGACCUGGUGAAGAUAUUGGUUGCUCAUAUGACAAAGGAACAUGGAACAAGCCCGCCUCGGCGUGUGAAGGAAGACUACGCACUGGGCAUCAUCUCCCUCUUCCCCUAUUUGGCUGACCCAAGGAGCAAGCUUGGCUAUGAACAUUAUUACAAUGCAGAAGAUGGAAGUGGCUAUUUGGCAUGGAGGAUUAAAACACUGCAGAAAGAAGCAUCAGAGGGACGAGUUAAGCGUCCACGACUACCGCAAGCAGGUGGGCCAUCUGUUGACAGAGAUCCUUGCCAGGAAGGCAAUUGGUUGAGCGAUGAACGCCAGUGUCAGGAAGCGAUUGCUCUGAUGAAGCACACGGCUGAUGAAUCGGUGGUGAAGGAAAAGAUGAGGUUAACCCUUGUCUAUCGCCAGAGGAUUCUGCGUGACACUGACAAGUCAACUGAUAUUCUCGCCAUUUUUCCAAGAUUUAUGGACAUACCAGGCCUGAUUGAGCAGGAUUUUGCACUUCUCUUUGGUGACUCAACCUCUGCAAAGCUGAUGGAGAAAUGGUCCACCAACAUAAAACCAAAAGUCAUUUCACAGAGCCGUGGCCUGACACAGACUGGGGAGCUCCAAGACCUCAUCCAGAAUGCUGUUGCUACUGAAGUUGAAGAAGGUUGGGACAGUGACAUGUCAUCCAUACUGCUGCUGGUCCACCUUCUACCACCCUCCAAUCCAGGGCGCAAAAGGCCAGGAAGGAUUUCAGCUCAGGAAGCGUGUGAUCGUGUGGUGAAAUUCAUCAAGACUGGUGUCAGCAUAGAGGGCCAUUUGGAGGGCAUCACGCAGAGUCUCCAGCCGUAUCUACUUGCAGUUGGACCAAAGAAAACCAUCUAUGACAUAGAUGUUGAAAUCACUAAAGUCAAUCCAAGAGUGGCUGAGCUCAGAGCACGAAUGCUGCAGUAG